AGCAACAGUAUCAGCAGAACCAAAAUCAGCCACAGCAUCGACAACAGCAGCAGCCGCUGCAGCAGCAGCAGCAGCACGAAGAAGGAAAACUACGUUAACAACAACAACACACACAGCAGCAUCAGCAGUUGGUGGCGUAGAGACGGCGGAUUUCACCGUAGGAUAAUCAGCAGCAGCAGCAGCAGCAGCAAGCGCACAUCGACGAAAAGGACCAACACGAUCGCUAAUCGUAGUACCAGUGGGCGCUGGGUAGUCGCGGCCGUCACUACCGUCUAGGCUCCUCUCUGUUAUUCUUAUUAUUGUUACUAUUGUUAGGUUACGUCGUCCUGGCGUUUGUUUUCUGUCGCUGCUGUCUUGCUUACUGCUCGACAGCCUUCGGGGUGUCCGGCUAGCUGUGUGCCUGCCGUUCCACUACUGACUCUGUGGGGCUGAGGUGAUCACCAGUUCGUUCGCGUUGACUGAUGUCUGUUGCGUUCGUAAUGAUAGUUGUUCGUGGAUCGGCAGUAGUGGGUUUCCUUCAUUGAGUCGUUAAUUCAUUUUCGCUCUCCGUCGUCUUGUCACGUGUUAUUGCCGAGGAAGGACGUCGACGUCAAGCGAGUAUCGCUCGUUAAGCGGGCGAACCGAGACAACAACAGCAACACGUCGAGCGGCAGCAGUAGGGGCGCUCAGCCCCGUCCAUUUCGCGGCAGUAGCGGCGGUGGCCUUCCCCUUUAUUUUCUCUCUCCAUUUUCCCUGUGCUCUUACCGUUCUCAAGAACUGUGCUAUGACUGUGCCUGCUUCUUACCUGCCAUCACGAUGGUACGGAUAUCUGUCUGUGCUGCUGCUGCUGCGAUGGUUCUCAAUGUCAUCGAGGCGGUGAACCGCCGUCAGAUCGUAUGCUGGUCGCAACAGUGUAACGCAAAUUAGCAGCCACAACAGUCGGCGUAAAUCAGCUGUCGCUCCCACGACGACCCAUUCACCCGGUCGCUAUUUGCUGUCUCCCACAGAAACAGCAACAAAUCUACCACUUAGCGAGUCAGUAAAUCUUCGUUUGUGACGAGUUGUGUGUGUGUGUGUGAAUGUUUGUGUGCGUGAGGGCGUGUAUGUGCGUGUGUGUGUGUCUAGGCGCUCUCCCCUUGUGCUGGGUUAUUGUUAUUGUUGUUGCGAACGGAGGUGGAGUAAAUCUCAUGGUGAGCACAAUAUCGACGUCAACAACAAACGCCUUGACGUUUCACCGUACUCGUUAUUACUGUUGCUGUUGUUCUUAUUUGUGCUGGCGUUACUUUCCGUGUACAAAGUAAGUAAUUCUAUUUUCGCUGUUGUAUCCUAAUAACUGGCAUUCUGGUUGGCUGGCUGGUCCGGCCAAACCUACUAGCGCUGUUCCCUAUGGCUGCCGCUCGUGAGGAGCUUCGUGUCGCCGUCAUCGCGUUGCUAGUGAGCGUGACGAUGUAAAUGCGAGAGUAGAUGAACGAGUUGACGAUACAAACAGUGAAAAGGUAAGGCGGGUCGACUCGAUUCAACUCUACUCGAUCCGCCUGGCCGCCGUCCACUUAUUCGGUGUGAAGGUGAUGCUGUAUAGCAGACUGGGUUGCCUUACCGACUUGUUGUUUCGCCGGUUAAUUAAAGCCAAAAUUAGGUGAUUGGAACUGGUUGCAACCGCUCACAGCCACUGCGAUAUGAACAGAAAUCGCCAUAGAGGACAGCAACAACAGAAGUAGCAGUAAUCGUUAGCGUCAGCAACAACAGCAGCAGCAAGAAAACCGCCUGUGUUCAGGUGUCAGCAGUCAGUCGAUUCGUGACUGCUGGGGCAAUCGUGUGGCGUUCUGCUCUUCAGAUAGCAGGGGCAUCGAACGCUGUGUACAGUGCAGUCGAAGGGCUUGUGCGUCUCGAUCCGAGCUACUAACUAACCUCGAAAACAAGCGACAAAUCAAAAUACGCAUAUUAGCCCCCCCUCCUAUUUUGCUCCUUCUGCUGCCCUUCCCCUUGCCCUGCAAUGCUUACUACUACUUCUGUAUAUGCAUUGUAGGGGAGAGAAGUGGCCUUAAGUGGUAGAAACAAGAGUAUCUUUUUUAGUGUGUGCGUACACUGCGACAGCCGCAACAACACAGUGCCUGUGUUGCGAUGAAGUCAAUGAGCUCCGAGCCUUCACUCGUGAGAAUGACGUGAAGCGAUCUUUUCUACGAUAGUAAUAAUAAUCAUCGAAAUCAUAUCUAUUCCGUGGUCGUGAAGUGCCGAUGCCGACCCAGCGGGGCGGGGUGUCCCUGUGUUAUGAUUACUAAUAUUAUUGUGACUUGUUUGAUUGCCACAAAAACAACUGCUAGGAAUGGGGUAUUGAAAUCAGUGUCGAGUGUACCGUGUCGAUCUUUUUUUACCGUUACUUUAAUGUUAAAUUGCUAUCAUCAUCGUCAUAAUCAUCACUACCUGACGGCGUUAGAAAUGUGCGGCAAAGUUCGAUUGGAAAUGUGCUGUGAUGUGUGAAGUUUUGCAGUGCUGGUGUCAGUAAUCAUAAUAAAGGACGAAAGGAUACCUACUAGGACCAUCACUACGUCUAUUAAUACUUCUACAUUUUUCGUGUAUCGUCGGAAAACGAACAGCAACGGCGGCAACCGCAGCAGCAGGAAACAAACAAUAACAAACCGUCCGCUUGGCUGAUGGGCUGGCCCUUGGCUAACGUUGGGGGUAGACAGACGCAGUUGUUGGCUACACUCAACGUGCAUAAAGUAGAAGAAAAUACCGUGAUAGCUCUGACGGUAGCCGAAGCUUUACACAGGUUUCCGGAGCGUCGCUGUUUAAAUACGAAGAAUACUGGAAAAACCCAAGGCUGCUGACUAGUGACAAGCCGGUGACUCCGGAAGCGCAGCCUGAACCUUGAGAAAGACGGAGUCGACGACCGGCGUGCAGAGCCGUAGUAAGACUUUUCGAGGAACAGAAUUUGCUGGAACCCAGGUCGUUCUCAACGUAUGCUCGACGAGGGCUCUACUAAGAACGCCGGCGCGUUCGGGGCGUCGCCUCAGGCCAUAGGAUCCGGCCCAUGAUAGACCGGCUCCGAUCAUCGGGCUGAACAGACGGCCCUUACCGGCCGCCAAAUUGCCGAGCUGGCUGAACACACAGCGCACGGCGACUACGCACUGGUGCAGUCGUCACUUGUGACUGCUGCAGCGAUAAUAACAAUAAAAAGAAAUAAUAUUCGCAUUAUUAAUGACAACAAAAAUAGUGACAGGAAUCAAGGGGUUAGCAGUAUUGCUGGGGCGCCACGACUGCUAAUAGCAUCGUCAUCAUCAUUGUUAGCAGCAGGAGCAUCAGAUAGAAACAACGCGCCAGCAGAGAAAAGUAGACACCAAAAGCUGGCAGUGCUACCGUCUACGUUCGAUUCGCUACUGGCACAGCCCAUCGAGACCCUAUCUCCCCCACAGGCGCAAGCAUGCACUUCGGGAGCAUGUCUAUACUACAAUGGACUUUAUACGGUUUCGCCAUUGUGUUUCUGGCGGGCUGGGUGUUCGUGUGGACGAUACACAUCCUUGCUAUCAUCAACGGCAAGCUUAAGUUACACCGAAAGAAGACCGUGGCAUCGGUUGAGGUCCCGUUACAAGGCGUCUCGAUCCUUAAGCCGCUCACGGGGACCGACCCUAAUCUCUACGGCAAUCUGGAGUCAUUUUUUACCAUGAACUACCCCACGUAUGAGCUGUUAUUCUGCGUGCAGGAAGACGGCUGUCCGAGCAUCACGCACGUGCAAAAUUUGAUGAAAAAGCACCCGAAUGUAGCUGCGAAAAUAUUCAUUGGUGGAUCAAGUAUCGGUCCUAACCCAAAAAUCAAUAAUAUGGCGCCGGGCUACGAAGCGGCUAAGUAUCCUCUAAUAAUGGUAUCGGAUGCGGGCAUCCGGAUGAAAGAGGAUACCCUGCUUGACAUGGUGCUCUGCAUGGCGCCUGAUGUAGGACUGGUCCAUCAGAUGCCCUUUACCUGUGAUCGUGCUGGUUUCGCUGCCAUACUUGAAAAGGUCUAUUUUGGAACGGCGCAUGCGAGAAUCUAUCUGUGUUCUGACUUGCUAGGCGUCAACUGCGCAACCGGAAUGUCGGCUUUAAUGCGAAAAGACAUCCUGGACAAGGCAGGGGGCAUGCAGUCGUUUUCGCAGUACCUUGCUGAAGACUACUUUUUUGCUAAGACGUUUGCUGACCGUGGAUGGAAAAUCAGCGUUUCAUCACAGCCUGCGUGGCAAAACAGUGGUACAUGUGAUGUGGUUCUAUUCCAACAGAGACUAACCCGUUGGUCCAAACUACGGUUUGCCAUGUUGCCCCACCUAAUAAUCCUUGAGCCCCUGUCGGAGUGUAUGCUGCUCGGUAUGUGCGUAGCGUGGUCCACAUCGAUGCUUUUUGGCUGGGACGUAUUCGCUGUUUACCUGAUACACUCACUCAUCUGGUUCCUUCUUGACUGGAUGCUACUUUGCAUAGUGCAGAACGGCAUGUUGCCUUUCUCCAAAUGGGAGUUCGUCAUAGCGUGGUCGUUCCGCGAAUUUGGAGCGCUCUACCUAUUUUGUCAAGCAUUGUGGGACCCAACGAUUCGGUGGCGAGCAGGAACCUAUCGUCUGUCGUGGGGCGGCCAAGUGCAGGAGAUCAUGAGCUUCCAGCGUCCGCAUAAGCCACUCACAUUAACGCCGCAUAGUAUCAAUAAUGUCUGCUUUAACGGCAGUAAGAUUCCGCCAAGUAGCCACAGCAUGACAGGCAGCUUUGAAAUGGCAAAAUCGCUCGACCGAAAUGAAAAAUCUACCAUUGUCUUAGCCGAUGACCUCGACCUCAAUAGCAAUCGUGGAAAAUGUUAACGGGACAUUAUAUCACGUUUGUAUUCAUUCACCAAAUUGUUGGUGCCACCAUAGUUUUACGCAAUGAUCCACAACUACAAAACGUUCCGACAAGCAACGGGGCUAACAACCCUCACAUUCCCCCUCUCUUCUUUCUCGAUGAAAAGCGUGCCGGAAUCUUGAAGUGCACUAAGACAUCGUCAUGCUGCCUUCUGGUGGGGACAAAUGUGACGUGUUGGUGGCGCCGUCGAAUUCCACAUGAACGUAUCAUUCGUGUCGGGUGUGAUUAUAUAGUGAUGAAACUAAAACCCAGCGGGAAAAAAGCGAGAUGGAAAAUAAUAUAAUGUGAAUUUUACUAUUACGUAUUAUUAUUGAGGAGGCAUGCAGAAUAUGCUGCUGCGCACAAAAAGAAAGAGAUGUUUGCUGAUUGCUGCAACCGCCAACUGUAACUGGCACGUGAACAUUUCGCUGAGCGAUCACUUGUGAACGAGUUGCGUUAGCAGAUCUUCCGCUGCUGACACAUACAAAGAUUUUAUUAUCGUCAAAUAUUACCUGUUGAUUACUUUGAAACCAUGUCACUACAAUGGUGAUACUAUGUGAGAUAACAAUGCCAAUAACGGAACGGUUCAUCACGAAAACUAAAACGGAAACAUCGACAGGGCGAUAUUACAAGGACGUGUAGAAGAUACAACACAUUAACAGCAUUAUUAGUGGCAUACUGCACGAUACGAAAGACGACACGAAUAAGAAGAUGAAUAUGGUAAUUAAACAAAAUAAAAAUAGAUACGGCAUGGGAUGAUAUAAAAGAGAAGCCAACUUUUCUACCAAAGAGUAGAUGAUGACGAGACCAUAGGCACUUACAUUUUGUAGAUAAAAUUUGUACAACCAUAAUACUGACGUGACGACCUAUUAGUUUACUGUUAAGAACAGAAGACGACGGAAAAAGAUAGAAGACCGAUGGCCAAGUGUUGUACCGGCCAACUCGAUUAACCCGGUAUCUGUAUUUAAGUGAUUAAUCGAAUUUUACCAAGAGAAUGCUUACGGUGUCACUGGGAAAGAGCCCGUGAGAGAAAAAGAGUGUUACCGGCAACGAAUACUAUAAUUAAUACUACGAUUUAUAGCUGAUGUCAGAAAAUGAUGAAGACUUGAAGAAUGAGGGCAACCUAUGUGUGCCAUUUUGUCUAUAACUAUACAUAUAGAAGCCUAGAUGACGGCGAUAUAUAUAUAUAUAUAUAUGAACAGGAUAAAUAUUAAAUUACUAUUAAGACAUAGAAAAUUAUCAGUUGAAAAAUAUUUGUGUGAAUAAUAAUGCAUGUGAAAAACGCGGGCGAACUAAGAGGCGAUGUCCGAUAAAUAUUGAUAAGAUGAUUAUUCAGAAAGUAUUACAAUUAAGUAAAAUAAUUUCUAUUAGUAUAUGAUUACUGCGACUAUUAUUAUCGUUAUUAUUACUAUUAUAGUAUUGCUAUUAUUAGUAAUAACGAGACAGUGGCAGAAGAAGGAAAUUCUAUGGAUGCUACUAUUAUUUAAAAGGACAUAAUUUGUUUGCACUGGUGAAGAGCCACACACCAACAAAGUGGCACUGGACGAGCUCGUUGCUCAAAGAAAACGAAGAUAAUCAUAAGAAAAAUAAAUUGACAGCAAGAUGGUAAAGGCUUCGGUCGAAAAUUACAACAAAUACCCAACAGAUAGCAACAAAGUUGGCUUCCGAUAUGUGGCUGGCCACUGAUGACCAGCGGUGGAGCUAAAGACGAAAUUCCGCGGGAAACGAGCGAAUGCGAAUAGAUUGCAAACUGUGUUACAUAUGUAGCUGAGUGGACGUCAGUAUCUGAAUCGAACGUGUAUGUGUGUGAAAGUGUAUUAUAGAAAAAACUGAAUGGCCAAAUGGAUGUGUGAAUGAGUGAAGAUUAGCUGAUGCCAGCCGAUGGAUAGCAACUCGUUUGUUUGUUGCCUCAAUUGGCAUAAUCUACUUUCUAGUCAGUUGUGCGGUAGUCAGGCGGCAACAGAGUUUGAGCUCGAGGCUCAACCGAACAGGCGGGAACUGCACUGGUUCACGCCCAGGCAAAUUGUUGACUCAGCAAAAUAGUAAGAUUUUCGUUAGUUUGGGCGAAACGCGGCUAAGGGAAAGCGAGAGGGUGAGGGGGAUGAGGGCGGUAAAUUCAAACAAAACCAUGAAGUCAUUCAAGCAAUUAUACAGUAACAACCUUCUUAAGUACUACUGAUCACAUAUGUUAAUUAAUGAGCGAAUCAACGACCGAAUGAUAUACAUAGAAAAACAGCACGGCCAUUCGCCACAUGGAGUUUCGUUGAUGACGCUAAAUGCAUGCAUCUAUUAAUUUCCAUACGAGAUCAUCACACUGAAGCAAAUCGUUCGAGUGGGGUGUCCAAUCAUAUAUCGUAGAUGUAAGAUGAUUUGAGACGAAGAUGGGCCGCGGGAUGAUCUGAAGGACUGCUUAUUAAAUCAAACUUGUUUUCGCGGAUUCGAGCACAAGAACAACCCUUAUAGUAACGGCUAAAGGGGAAGUCACAUCUAUAAUAGUCAGCAAAUGUCACCGUGUAAUUGUCAAACACAUACGAACGUCCGUUAUUUUAUUACAAUAAUAGUUCAAGUUGGUGCAGUUCGUAUUGAUUUGAGUGUACUGGGAGGCUUGCUGCCAUUACACCCGAAUCUGCAAAAAGCAGAUUACGAAUAUAAAUGAAGUUGGUCCAGAGAUACAACAACGCCGCAAGUGACAAGGUCGACGUGACCGCCUCGGGGAUCCUACGAUAGCCACAACGAUGGUAAUUGCUUUAAGUUAAACAGAUCUGUUUGAAGUGAGACCGCUUGUCGAAUAGUAGUAUUGAUUAUCGUACAGUUUUUUUUUUUGUUGUAUACAUAUAUAUGUAUAGACUACGCGUUAUGCGUCGUUCCACAAAAAUAUUGUCAAGAUUAGAGUGCUUAUUGCGAAUUUUGGUUAGACUUGGCAGGAUACAUCGUAAAUUAGCUGGACGUUGCUAAUUUUUAGACGUUUUGCUACGAAAUUAUUUGUAUAGCGCCAGGCUACCUUUUAACAUUAUAUGUGGGUAAAUAUAUACGAGUUAACAACUUUCUUUGGCAAGCAUCUAUUUAUUAAGCAUUUUAGGUAGAUGGAACAUAUAUAGUUUGUUGGCUCCCAAAUACUUUACAUUUGUCUAAAGUAAGAUACGACAUCAUACGAGUUUAGCCAACAAUGGUAUCAGGCUCAUAUAUAUAACGGUUACUUUGCUUGUGUGUUUUUUAGGUUUUUGUUGAUCUUGUGCUUUUUCGAGAAAACUCAGGUCAAAAUAAGAGUUAACCUUAAUUUGACAAGGUGAAUUGAUUGCCCAUAAUUGCUACGGCACUCUGCAAAUAUUAACUUAUUUGGUAUUUCUAAUAUAGUAGAAUUGGUGAUUCUCAAUGUGGACGGGUGGUUUGAUAGGGCCUGGUUUAUUAAUUCACUUGGAUUUGAACACUUCAUAAUAAAUAAGAUGUGUCUAUAUUCUUCGAUGAUCUGAUUUUUACAGGAAAUCGAAGUCAUCUCGAUUUCCGAUUUCAAGAGACGUAGCUAUCGACGUACAGACACGCAUAUAAUUAAUAAUUUGUAUUGUUGAUACAGAAAACAUGAAUAGGUGAAGCGUGAAAGAAACAAUCUGUCUAUAGAUAAACUCAUGUCAUUGUGUAUCUUUAUAAAUGCAGCGUUUACUGCAAGAAUAAAAUUAUACAAUUGGACUAUGUCUGAUGGGCAGAUGAAUGUUGAUGUUUGACGUAUAUUAAAAUUCAACCAUGGAAGAGCGAACUCUGCGCAGAAAUGAAUUGCCCAAGUGAUGGCUGAAGGGUAUAAUGUGAAAUCGCGUGCAACCUUAGUUGUGCCUAAUGGGACAGUUAAAAAAUACACUUCCGGAUACCUGUGGAAGAGACCUCUGUAAUCUAAGAAAACGUCAGGGGUACUUAACUGCGUAUAGUAUACACGAAAUCACCGCUACACAGACAUGGGCAAAAACAGACGUAAUACCUUAUUUGCCCUUGAUCAAUAGCUAUUACUGUCUCUACAGAUAUCUUACGAGCCAGCAAUUUUUGGCUAUUUCUACUUGUCUACUGACUGGUCUGAGACAUCGCUGGAAAGUAUUGUCGUCUGUGCAUUAAUUUAAACAUCGCGGUGUGCCCUCAUGUCGAACGGGUUAACAGCAUUCGCAGUUUCGCGCUUAACUGCCGAAAGUGCGCUGCAGUAGAACGAAGACGUUGCCUAAUGAGCUCAACACCAAACGUACCUUAAUAGUAUUUUCGUGAAAAAGAUAAUGAAGAAUAUUCAUAGUAUGCACAACAAUAGUAACACGACAAUAUCGAUCCCAGCACAUAAUAAUAAUAAUAAUAAAUGACAAGUACUAUAGUAGUAACAAAGGCUAUAGUAAAAUAAAUUAUUAUAAUCAACAUUAUUCCUCCAAUACACGUUGAAUGUAUGAUGAUGUUGGUGAUCUUAUUAUCAUUUCCGCUAAUGUAAGCAGCGCUAAGCCAAUUGUAUCGUUUCCCUUGACUUUACCCAAUCCAUAGUCGGCAAACUUCUGGAUCUUUGAACGAACUACUACUUUUUCAUGAUAGGUUAUCAUUAAUACUUGAUAUUAAGACCGAAAUUCCGGCUUUAAGCUCCUGUACAAUACGAUUUACCAAAGGACGAACUCAUAAAGAUGUUAGAUGUCCCAUUGCAAGUUGACGCGUUCGUUACGAAAAUUUUUAAUAACUCUAUGGCCUCAAAAACAAUUGUUGAAAAGGCCGUAUAAAUAUAAUUUCUCGUGACGUAUUGCAUAUGCGUUUUUGCCAUUUGAUAACCCCUUGCUAUUGAUUCGUUGCCACUCACCGAGCUUUAGGCGAAUCUCCUCUAAAAGCCGCAAAUAAAUGUAAAGGGAAAACUCGGUAUAUUGUUAACUAAUCUAAUAGAAAUUAGAAAAAUUCUGCUUCCACUUUAUCCACGUUAUUUCAAGGCCUUCUCUUUGAACAAAAAAUUCAAAGAAAAACAAGAACUUUAUGCCUAAAAACGUACGCCAAUACACAGUAAUAGUCCGCUAAUCAAUUUGCAGAAGAAUAUGAGAUCAUAUCUCUAUUUUUAUAAACGUAAACCUUUAUGUCGUAUAAUGCCAUAUGGCAAGAUAAUAGUGAUGCAAUACGAUAAAAAUAACGACGGCGGCGAUGCUGAUGAUAAUGAUGAUCAUAAUGAAAAAUGGUGAAAGCUAAUCAAUUGACAGCGAAGACGAUGGCAAGGAAUGCGAUACAAGACCUCCUUAGUAACGAAUAGCGGGCAAAAUCUACCAGCACGUAGUAACUAUAACAUGGAACUAAAGCAAUGUUAUAUGAAGACAAAUUGAGAAGACAGGAAACAUCAAAUACGAAGCAAAAAAAAAGGCUGAAAUCGAAAUUUCCGAUGUGAAUGGCGUGAGUGAAACUUCGACAUGGCAAGGGACGUCGACGGCGAAACAGCUAGUACAUAUGUAAUAAAUAAAUUCAUUGAUGAAUGGCGUAGACCUUGUAAUGAAGAAUGGGCCGUAAGCUAAAAAGAGUUAAAUGAAAAAUGCCAAUGUAAAGAUGCGCGCGUCAGCGAAAAAGACAGAGACGAAGAGAGAAAGAAACCGAAGAUUAUCAUGAAAAAUGUUUUCAGACUGCACUUUAGCGCAUUGAAGCACGUUCGUGCUAAAAAGUAAUUGGUGUGUUUGGGCGUUGUAAAUGGGUGAGUUUGCGUUUAUGAUUACGGAGAGAAGUGUAUCGAUACAUUGACUUCAAUAUUAUUUAGGGAUAUAUGAUGGCGGUAACAAAAACUUUAAAAGUGAAUAUUACUAUUAAAAGAAUAAUUAUGACGACGAUGAUAGUGAUAAUGAUGAUAAAAUGUUAAUCUUAAAAAUUCAUAAAAUUGGGAUCUCUUUAUUUGUAUCACAUGCA